AUGUCCGGUGCUAAACCCGCCCCAUCCACCACUCCGACGUCAUCUUCCUCCUCCUCUCGUCCAACCUCUCGCUACCCAACCCUCCGCUCCGUCUACCUCGUCGGCCUAUCCUGCGGCAUCAUCCUCCUCAUCCGCGACAACAUCGUAUCUAUUGACACGGUGAAGGGGAGUAGCAUGGCACCGACGCUUAGUCCCGAGGCGCAUGAGACUGGGAGGCAUGAUUGGGUGCUUAUAAAACGGUUUGGGUUACGGGAUUAUAAGAAUCGGCGCGGGGAAGUAGAGGAAUGGGUGAAGAAGGGGGAUAUCGUGACGUUUUGGAAACCGCAUAAGCCGGAGGAGAUUAGUAUUAAACGGGUUGUGGCGGUGGAGGGGGAUGUGCGACCGUCUGCGUAUGUUACGGAAGGAGGGGUAUAUCAUGAUGAUGGCAGUGUGACGGUGCCGUUCGGACAUGUAUGGGUCGAGGGCGAUAAUUGGAGGAGCAGUUUCGAUAGUAAUGAUUUUGGGCCAAUUAGUAAGGCGUUGAUUGACGGGAAGGCGGUUGGGGUGUUUAAGAGGGGACUUGUUAAGGGGAUUGAGGAUAGGAGGGAGGAUGGCGCCAAGGAGGGGAGGAGGAGUAGAGUUGUGGAGGGGAGUAGUGAAGUUCCGAAGGUGUUUUUGUAUUGA